UCAAAUGAGGCCUAAGUCAAAUUCCUUCUCAAUCCCCUUCAAACCUCUCCAAUCCCCUUGGGAAAGGGAUUAAACGAACAGGCCGGACAGUCCCACUCGCACCGUGAACUGGAACACCCUCACACGAGCCUUCGUACGCCUCGGCUCUCCCCGCGCCGCGCUCUACGUGGCGAUCCACACGUUCCGCCACGGCGCGCAGCCCAAUGGCUACACCUUCUUGCUCGCACUCAAGGCGGCAGCCCAGGCUCAGGCCGCGCCCCCCACCUCCAGCUUGCGCUGCCAGCUCCACGCUGCCGCCUCCAAGCGCGGCCUCGCGCGUCACCCUUCACCGAGAGCGCUCUCACUCAUCAGCUGCUACGCCAAGGCUGGCGACCUGGAUGCCGCCCGCAGGGUGUUCGACGAAAAUCCGCACCGGGGACUCGGUUCGUGGAACGCCAUCAUAAGCGGCCUCUCUCAACCUGGGAAAUCCAGCGAGCCGUGAAAUUGUUUGUCAAGCUGCGGAGGUGUGGCGUGGUACCAGAUGAUUUGACCAUGGUGAGUUUCAUGUGGUCUUGCUGCGCCGUUGGAGAUAUUCGCUUGGUAGAGCAGCUGCACAAGUGCAUGUUACAAUGCAAGCGGUCAGGCCGGUUUGACGUGACUCUCUCCAACGCGUUGGUCGAUAUUAUGCCAAGUGCGGCCGCACAGACCUUGCAGGGAGGGUGUUCACGAGAAUGCCUCUCAAAUAUGUGUCGUCAUGGACAACCAUGAUUACAGGACUUGCAACACAUGGUGAGGAGCAGCGUGCACUAAGCAUGUUUGAUGAAAUGAGGAAUGAAGGGGUGCCGCCAAACAGGGUGACGAUGUUGGCAGUGCUCUCUGCUUGCUCACACAGAGGGCCGGUAGAUGCUGGGAUGGGCUUGCUGAAGCAAAUGGGAGAUGGAGAGAUUAAGGUAGCACCAACCGUUGAACACUACCGGUGUGUGGUUGAUAUGCUUGGUAGAGUUGGUUUGGUGGAUGAGUCGCGUGCCUUGGCGGAGCACAGAAUGCCGAUGAAGGCAAAUGUGGUGAUAUGGGGAUUGGGGAACAUUGCUUGGUGCAUGCGAGAAGCACUGCAAUGUGAAUGUUGGGAAGUUGGCAGCCGAGCAACUACUAGCGGCUGAGCCAUGGAAUGACGGGGUUUAUGUAGUGCUGUCCAACAUAUACGCUGCUGCUGGCAUGUGGGGUGAGCUAGAGAUGGUGAGGAAGAUGAUGUCGGAGAGGAAAGUUACGAAGUUCCCAGGCUGCAGCCUACAGCUCUGUAAAAUGGCCGCCGUUGAACUACUAAAGGUCUGUUCUUUGCUUCACUGAUACUUGUUCAAUACCUAGUUCUCCAAUCUCGUUAUCAAAAUCAUGAUGGAAACUCAUUUGCAGAUACGGUCGUUGUUGUAGUUUGUUGAUCACUAUUUUGAUCGCUUUGGUUUUUUUUCCUUUCCCUCGCUUAGGUAUAAGUUUGGUCUUUUAUGACUUUGCUCUUUGCCGGCGUGUUUCUUUGGCGAGGUCGCCAAAGAAACACUGUUUUGAUCUGCUCCAGUUAGAUUUCUCUGACUUUUAUCCAAUGCUAGAGGUGUGUUUUCUAGUGAUUACAUGGGUACUGAGCGAGAUCUUAAAUCUUUGUAGUAGAUCUCCAUUAAAACUGACGCCCACUUCUGCCUUAAAGAACCAUACUCCAAAUCAGUCUUAAAGUAGGCUUACCUAAUGAUUUGGACAACCGUAUUGUAUCCCAAAUAACUAACCCAUGUGACUGCAAAUUUUUAGUCUUACUAAUUCUGCCUUCUCCUUUCAGUCCACUGCAUUUGGUAGAAUACGCAGAUUCCCACGAAUCUUUGGAGAGAAAAGAAAAGAUUCCCACGCAAUUGCUUUGUUAUUGCAAUAACUAUAGCACUUAGCACUAUUCUUAAUGCACAAAAUACACAUCCUGGUGACACUUGGCGAUAACUGCAGUUGUCAGCUAAAAUCUUAUCCUAGUGAUAGGCUAGCAAACAACUUACAGGUCUUGGGUAGCUCGAAAACCGUGCUGCUUUUGUCAUAGCAUGGUGACAGCAAGUACACAAAACACUCACGGGUGCAUCAUAUAUGCAUAUAACAUGGGUUCUCAGCCAGAGACAUAUUUUUACUAGAAUCCUCCAACCCCCCCUUCAGUUGCAUCACCAUGCUAAAAGGAAGCAUAGCCAAAAGCUUCUAGGAACACAAAUCCAGAACCUGGAGCAACAGGAAUGGGCUCCUUUGCUAAUGGCCAGAAUGGCUCGGAGCUUGGCAUCCAGAUGCCGGCCAUGGGGAGCAGCGCGGUGCCGGAGCCUCCCACAACAUCUGUAGCACCAAGAUGUCCACGGCUGGACAUGGCCAUGGUGGCAACCAGAGCUGCAGCCCUGGUGAUGGCGCUGCUCUCAAUGUCGCUCAUGGUCUCCGCCAAGCAACGGGGUAGUCUCAUCAUCUUUGGCAUCGAGAUUCCUUAUGCCAAAUGGUCCCUCUCUGAUUCGCUGAAAUCCUUGGUUGGGAUAUCUGCGGCAGCAGCUGCCUACUCCCUAGCACAACUCCUGUCGAUUGCAUACAAGGCCUUGAAGAAAGUUCCUGUGGUUUCAUCCAGGCGCUAUGCCUGGAUGCUGUUAGCUGGUGAUCAGGUCUUUGCGUACGCGAUGCUGAGCGCGGGGUCAGCGGCGGCGGCCGUCGCAAAUUUGAACCGCACCGGCAUCCGGCACACGGCGCUUCCCAACUUCUGCAAGCCCUUGCCACGUUUCUGCGACCUAUCAGCAGCCUCCAUCGCGUGCGCCUUUCUCAGCUGCGCCUUCCUUGCGGCAUCCGCCGUAAUCGAUGUGAUCUGGCUGUCAAAUCUGUGAGAAUAUGAGAUAGUACUAGAUGGUGGCAAACUAGUACACUCCUUCGCAGGGAGUUCAAAACUUUCCAGGGUGCUGCGCCUUUAGGACGAUGCGCCGAACCUGAACCUGUAAAGUGUCCUGAAGUCAUGUGAGUUCGCUGCUUGUGCAAAGUGGAGCCCCCUCGGUGCAAUGGAUGGCAUCACCUGGGAUGUUGAUUUGCAGUGUU